AAACAAAACCCCAAUUGUUUGAUGCACGGUCAUUAAAAAUUCCCCAUGAUGCAGUGUACAGAAGCACAGUGAACCAGCCAUUAAAAUCAUGUAAAUUGUGGGCCGUAUUAUAAUGGGAACAGUUUUUACAAAAUGUUGCAGAAAAGGUCACGAAAACAAUGAUGACGCACUAAACAUUCUGGUGCUAGGAUUGGAGAAUUCUGGCAAGACUGAGAUAUCGUUUAAAAUUUGCCGACAAAAGCGUGGUGACUAUGCGUCGACGAAGGGAUGCCGUUUGUUUGAAACUGUGAUCGCGGACACUGAUGUGAAGCUUAUCGAGAUUGGUGGAGGAUCGGAUCUUCGCGACAUCUGGAAGUACUAUUUCCUGGAUGCCCUAGCUGUAAUUUUCGUAAUCGAUGCUUCCAACAUACACAACAUCUGUGAGUCUUACAACAUAUUCCAAAACCUGAUGGCGCACGAGUUUCUGGCCGGCAAACCUUUUCUCAUACUGGCCAACAAGCAGGACCUUUCCGAAUCGGUCGAUUGUAUCGAGAUCUGCGAGUAUCUGGACGUCGAGUACCUAGCCAACCGGUAUCGCUGCCCGUGCCUGGUGGAAGCGUGUGGCAAUUGGGGCACCCCAUCGUACGAACCGAACGAAUACGAUGGUCUCACGUAUGGCAUCCAGUGGCUCGUCGGUACCGUACUUACCCAUCGGCAGUUCAUCAUGAACCGUAUCAACUUCCACAAACUGAUGCUUGGACGCGAUGGCACGGAUGCAGCGCGCACCAUCAUCAAAAGGCCACGCACCGCAGGCCUCAAGACCGGCAGUGCUGGACGUCGCAAGCGUAAGGAUAGUCGCCCCAAAACGGCUCCCUCCAGCCAGCAGGCUUGGCUAAAGGAAAACGAUAACAACUAUCUGAUUAAGCGGAACAGUAUCAUUUCGGUGAAAAGUAUACCCACCAGCACUACCACGGAACGGACGAACAAUUCGAGCAUGAAGGCAACGACUACCUCCGAGAGUGGGCUUUCGGUGGUGGACGAGGGAGUUGAGGUUAGCCAAACUACGAACAGCAGCAGUACCGAACAGCAAACUGUUUUGCAUGUACUGAAAGAUGAGAUGACGCUAGAAGAUUUAUCCCUUUCGUUCUCCGUCAAUGAGGUCAAUGGGAAGGUGAUAGAAACGAUCGAACACUAGCAUUAUGUGCCAAAGGGCUGUGGAUACGUUCAAUGCAUAUUAAAAUGCACUUCCUAUCUGUGAGUUAAAAAACCAUUUUCGGUCCUUAUUUUUAUAUUACAUAAACGUUCGCUUCCCCACCUGCACUGUA